AUGUCUUCUUCCUCAUCGCCGAUAGACGGCGUGAAAGAGGCAGCAAAGGGAAACCUUGAACCGAUCAAGAAGCAAAUACCCUCAAUUGAUGAGGUCAAGGAUGGGGCGAAGCAGAGCUUGGAGAGCGUCAAGCAGAGCGUGCCGACUUCUACAAAAGAGCUCCAGGAAGCAGUCGAGGCCACAGCACAGAAGUCGAUGCAGAGUCUACGCGACUUUGUAGCGGGUGGUGUGGGAGGGAUCUGUGCUGUCGUGGUUGGACAUCCAUUCGAUUUGGUCAAGGUGCGGUUACAGACGGCCGAGAAAGGUGUCUAUAAUGGUGCCAUGGACGUCGUGCGGAAAACCAUCGCAAGAGAAGGGCCAGUGCGGGGACUUUACGCUGGAGUCUCUGCUCCGCUGGUGGGAGUAACACCGAUGUUUGCUGUCAAUUUCUGGGCAUAUGGCGUUGGUAAACAGCUAGUGGAGAAAUACAGCACAGUCGAGAAUGGCCAUUUCUCAGUCGGACAGGUUUCAGCUGCCGGAUUCUUCUCCGCGAUACCCAUGACUGUUAUCACUGCACCGUUCGAGCGUGWCAAGAUCAUCUUGCAAAUACAAGGACAAAAAGAGCUCAAGCCAGGCGAGAAGCCCAAAUACGCUGGUGGCAUGGACGUUGUGCGGCAGCUGUACAGAGAGGGUGGUAUCAAGUCCGUCUACCGCGGUUCUGUCAUGACGCUUGCUAGAGACGGACCCGGUUCCGCUGCAUACUUUGCAACGUAUGAGAUCGUGAAGCGAAAGCUCACACCCAAGGACCCCGAUACCGGCAAGCCAGGAAAGCUGAGCAUGCCGGCCGUUAUGGCUGCCGGCGGUGCGGCCGGUGUGGCCAUGUGGACUACCAUCUUCCCCGUGGACACUGUCAAGUCGAGACUGCAGUCGGCAGACAAGGCACAGGGCAUCGGUGCGUGCAUCAAGGAGCUGUAUGGCAAGGGUGGAUUCAAGGCAUUUUUCCCUGGUGUCGGACCUGCCAUGGCUAGAGCUGUUCCAGCAAAUGCUGCGACAUUCGUGGGCGUUGAGCUCGCACAUAUCGCCAUGAACAAGGUCUUCUAG